AUGUCUAAGGCGUACCUCGCGUCUAUCGGACUCGACGCGCACGUGCACGCGGACUUCGGCUCAGGCCUGUGGGACGGGAACCCCAUCGGCAUUCCCGUGAAUCUCGUGAGCAGCUCCACGCCCACCACCUCGCCGACGUUCUACUACCCCGAUGAAAGCGACCCUGGGCCGUACCCCUUACCAGCUUCCCCGUUAGUGGAGGGGGGGUCGGACCACCACGUGCUGCUGGUGGACACGGACCGGUGCAUGCUGUACGAGAUCUACGACUACUCGCAGUUGAACUCGCAAGUGUCAGCAGGGAGUGGGGCUGUAUAA